AUGGAAACAUUCGCCGGCUUUCCCUCAUCGCGCAUAUUCCGCAGACCGCCUAGUCUUCCAGGCAGCUUGUUCAUCACAACGCGUGCCGAUGUACACGAAAAGGAGAGUAAUGACGAACUCGUCCGCGUCGAUAUCAAGAUCAGCGCCGAUGGAGGAGCUUCCGCAGGGCCUGAUAAAUCCCCAGUCGGGCCCAAAGCACGCUGGCUCAGAUACUCCAAGGAGGUUGUCAUGGGGGGCAGAUCAUCUGGGACGCCAAAGCGGUUCAAGAUUGCCAUCAGUCCACGGUCAAGCUGGCUGCAAUCAUCAAUAUGGCAGAUCUACAUCGACACUUCCUCGAUUCUUGACAACCAAGUGUAUCAAGAAGUCGUCCUUUGCAUGAUGAGGCUGGAAGAUGUCUAUGGUAAUGCUCGCUAUACAGCUUGGAUCGUAUCGGAGCCUUGCCAGGAAGACCACUACGCAAUGCGAGUCAAGCCCGAGGCCGACCAUCUGCGUCCGGGCACCCUGCACGUUUACCGCAGCACUUGGACUCUUCUGCGCGAACGAUUGCAAGAACGGAUCGAUGGGAGAAGCAAUCGGGCCGAGAAACAACCAGGAACACCACCACCACCGGGAACCCACAGAUACGCGAAGCUGCUGAGAGACCCGAACGGCAAGACGUGCGGGGCCUACGUGAUGCUGUGCAUGUGCAGCAUGCGCGCAUUGCGGCGGUGA